AGCAAAUUAUUCAUGGAAGGAUUUAGAAGCCUAAAAGAAGGAGAACCAGUGGAAUUCACAUUUAAAAAAUCUUCCAAAGGCCUUGAAUCAAUACGGGUAACAGGACCUGGUGGAAGCCCUUGUUUAGGAAGUGAAAGAAGACCCAAAGGGAAGUCACUACAAAAAAGAAAACCAAAGGGAGAUAGAUGCUACAACUGCGGUGGCCUUGACCACCACGCUAAGGAAUGUAGUCUACCUCCUCAGCCAAAGAAGUGCCAUUACUGUCAAAGCAUCACGCACAUGGUGGCCAACUGCCCGCACAAAACUGCUGCGCAGCCGCCCGCCAGCUCUCAGGGAAGACAGGAGGCCGAUUCGCAGCCGGGCCCCGCGGCUUUCCCGCGGGAGGCGGCGGGCGGGCCUGGCCGCUCACCGCCCCCGUGUCCUCAGGAGGCCAGGCCCGAGGUCGCAGAAUGGCCAGGCCGGUCCCCUCAGGAAGCUUCCUCCACGAAGUCAGCCGCAGCACCCGGAGAACAAAGCAAAAAGGGGCCUUCUGUUCAAAAAAGGAAAAAGACAUAAUCCUUCUCAGUGCACCGUUUUCUCCCCCCGGUUGGAAAGUCUACCUCAUGCAAGUACAGGGGAACAGUAUUUCACAAACAGCAGCUGACCUGGGAUUUUUAACUACUGUUGAGGAACUGUGAAUUUUUUUAAACAGACAAAUCACUCUAAGCAAAUUACACUUGAGCAGGGUGUCGUGUUUUAUGUAAUUCCGAGAAUGAGAAACUGUGUGUUCCUGUAUGUGCAUGUGUGCGAGGGAGCGAGCCUGAGUCUGUGUGUGUAGGAGGAUUUGUAUCGGGAUAUAGACAUGUAUAUAAAGAGAGUUUGUCUUUAUAUAUGUGUGUGUAGAGGUUUAAGCACACACCCUCCCUCCCAGAAUUUGACAUCCCCAAGAACUGAAAACUCGUGGGAAGCAUUUGAUCUAGAUGGUUUCAAAAAGAACCCCUGGAGUUUUUCUUGAAAUACCACACCCUUUACGAUGACAUAGAAAUAAACACAUGACUGUUAUCUUUUUGUGUGAACCAAAGGAUACUUCAGAUCUCAGAGCUGCCAAUCACAUGGUACUAAAGGUUUUUUAAUCAUCAGUUUCCCCAAGUUUGGGAUUGCCUUUUUCUCUUGAAUAUCUAUAGAGUGUCCCAAACCUCUUUGAAGUCAGUACCUUAACCCCACAUGCCUCUGACUGCCAUAAGCUUUUCGAAUCUGGGAUACAUAACUCCAGAAGAGACAAUGAAUGUGUAAUUUCUGUGCCGAUAUUUUAAUGUUUUUAAUUCAUGUAUUUUGAUUGUAAAUUAGAUGCAUAUUAACGGAAAGGAAGGGGGGAGGGCAAUGUAAAAAUGUAGUGACUUGAUUGUUUUCGGCGGUAUUUUCAUACCAGCUCAUAAUCUUUUACAUGUCGUGAGGUUUUUUUCAGGGAUUGUGGCAACAGCAGCUUCCCUUCCCUAAGUCAGUCCUUUUGACCAUCACUUCGAGCAGGGGCCCUCCCUGUUGACUACUGAAGACCUUGGAGGAAAACUCCAGUCGUUUGGUAUAUAUUUUUGGUGGCUAUUUUAAUUCCCCCUGGAGCGUUAUCUAACUUGUUUCUAAAACAAACAGAACGGCAGAGAGAUGGAUAGAAUGCCAGGGUUGAGGGUAAACAUUAAGUGGAUGCUCACCAUUGCCCAAUAUGUAUUGACCUUGAACAAAGUAAAAAGUGCAGUGUUUGGUGGCAGGAAACUAGAGCGACGAGCCUGGGGCAGAGAUACCGAAACCUCUCCUACCAGAGAGCUGGAAGGGUUUUAUGCAGGAAAAUGGAUGCUGAAGGAACCUGUGUGGCGGAUUUAGGAUGACCGCGCAGUGAUGGGGACAGAGGCGCCGCUCAGGCUGGUCUCAGUUAUGUUAACAAACGGGCUCGGGAACAGCCGUAGGGUUGGUCCCUUUCAGGUUUCAGUCGUGAGAAUUCACUUUGGCGUCAUCCUGGUUGUAGAGGUUAUGGGCACCUUCCUGAAACAUCUCCAGGGAGGUGCCAGUCAUAAUGCUUAACAUUGGCAAUGAAUAUAGUUUUGUAUGGUGAGCCUGUUGGUGUAAGCUCAGAUAAUCAAAAAGGAAAACAGCAUGGCUCGAAUGAGACACGUCCUGCCGAGCGGCCACAGCCGCCUCCCCGCCCGCGGUGCCGUGGGAGAUGCGUGCGGUGGCUGCCCUGCGGCGAGCCGGGCGUCGGGGAGAGGCCCGGGGCUGGGCGGCCCGUGCUUUGCAGCUCAGCUUGAGUUCCACGACAGUGUUUGUGAGGAUCUCCACCGUGUGUACUGAAUACCAGUGUGCUGUGAUGCAACGCUUACCUUUGACGAUAUUGAAUGUGAUAUAGCUGUAGAGAAGUCCUUCCUUGCCUUACGUGAGGAUUGUAAGCGUAUUUAAAUUAUGUAGACAAAUCAAAGUGGCAUUGCUUGAUUUUUAGCAGGUGUAAUAAGCAGGUUAACGGUAAAAAUGCAAACCAUAAUAAGUCACUUUGAAAAUCCAAACCAAAGUUCCUUGACCUUAUAGACAUAGGAAGUUAUGGAGUUGAGAAUUGGACAUUCCCUGUUUCCAUAUUUAAAAAUACAGAGCUGAGAUCAUGGGGUGGUUUUUUUUUUUUUUUGUUUUUCAUGUGUUGGGUUUUUUUUUUAAAUGUAUAACUGUGGACCUAUGGGUGCAAUUUGAAGUCAUUUUAAGCAUUUUGCCAGACUGAACUAAGAGCACAUACCAAACCUAUCUUAGGAUUAAAAGUUGGGUUUAUUUUUUAUAUAAGAAUAUUAUCACUAUUACAUAACAUACUCAGGACAAAGAACUUUGCUCAGGGAACAUACCAUAAUGAUGAUGUUGUUGUUUCUUUACAGAAUAGUCUACAGUCCUGCUUACUCAAAACAAACCAAAUAACUCCGACCUUUAUAUAAGUAUUAUGUACUGAUGUUGGUAAUAACUACCUCUGUUUAACAUAGAUCAAAAUCUCUGGACUUAAGAUAUCAGCUCUCCUGUUUUUAUUUCACGUGAAAAGUACCCUAAGGCAGAAUUCCCGAACUCCUUGUAUAUGUGAAUGUCACUGAUGCGAGCACAGUGUCCAUUUACAUGGGUGAAAUAUAAUUCUGUUUACAACAAGAGGCUACCUCAUGGUUGACGCAUAGCACACCUUGACGCCGCUCCAGCCUCCCAGCGGCCGGCAGUUCUCCGGUACAGAACCUUUUUAUCGGAUAGAUAGCAACUCACAACUGCAUGUUUCCAACAAACGCUUGUAAAGAAGGAAGCAUCUCGUUUAGUUAGCAAAGCCCCAGGCAUUUCCUUCAGCGUAUCACGUGCUUCGUUGAAAGAGUGACGGGCACCCCUGCCCUGACACAGAGCGGACACAGAAGCAGUCCUGGGAAUAGCUGCUUUGCCCCGAGGGCGAGGCGGGAGGGGAGGUUGGUGUGUGAGUGUAGUCGUGCUGGGCAGACAGUAUAAAGAUGCCAGCCUCCUUCCCUGUGGCUGUGCUGCCCCGAAGCCGAGCGUAUUGCGGCAUUAUUGCCCCAGGCACACAACUGACCAGCACUGGCUUGCCAAGGAGUGGACAUAGUGGGUGUGCGGUGCCAUUUGUAGCUACUGAGGGGAAGGGUCCGCGUGAAGCAUCAGUUUACAGGGGUUACUCAUGGAUUGGGCAGGAGGUCUGUGAAUUAGUUGCCCCUUGACCUCACCCCCAUGUCAACACAAUGUAAUUCCUAAGGAAGAUGCUCCACCCGCCUCUCAGCCCUGGGAGCUGUUCAUUUGCUACAUGGCAGGUUGUAGUGGAAACAUUUUUAUACUUGCAUCUCUCCUCUUUACUAGAAGACUUUGGAUGUAUUUUUACAAUGGAAAGAUAUAGAAAGAUUUUUACCUGCUUGUAACUUGGAAGUUUGGUGUGCAAUGUAGGCAAAAAGAUCAGGAAACAUCACGUUAUUAGCAUCAAUCCACCUACAAACAUAGGGCUUUUUAUUGCCGAUUUUUUUUAGCGUCUCUGGCCCAGUUGUAUUUUGCACCAAUGUGGCCCCAAGUUAAUGCUAGUUGUAUGUAGUUUUUGAAUAGACACCCAUAAGUGUUAAUAGACCUUGUAACAUUCACUGUGAGAUGAAUUAUACAGGACAUGGGAAAUCUCAUUAAGUCUUAAAGUUAAUUUAAAUUAAUUUAUCUGUUUUCUCUAAGAAAUGUUUAUCAUAAAAUAUAUAUGUGUGUUUCCCCUUUGGUUAUAAAAUUCGGGAAAGUGUGUACAAGUGCAGCUGCACUGACCCUAACCUUCUAGUUGUCUUAAUGAGAUCUGUUUGUUUUAGAGAAGAACAACUUGUUAAAAGCAUCAAAUUCUGUCUUGCAGAGCUGUCAUCGGCCUCUUUAAGAUGUGGUGGUUGUGUGACCUGUGUCAUAGUUCAGUUAGAGUGAGAAGUUGGCCUAUGAAGCGUUUUUAAAUUUUAUAUAUGGAACAAAGCUGCAAAGUUAUGGCGAAGUACUGUACUGUGAGAAACUAUUGCGAUAUUUAAUACGUUUGCUGUGGCUCAACACUUGUCAGUUACCGGCUUGAAAAUGAUGGUGUUGACUACCUCUCGAAUCACUUACAUCUGUCAACCACUGGCAUCCACCACCAAGCUGGCUUUAAUUAUAUGUAUGGGGAUUUUUUAUUUUAUUUUUAUUUUUUGGUAUUAACAAACCCUAACCAUCCUAGAGACCAAAGUGAACACUGAUUUCUAUGUCUUUAAUACGGUGUUUUAUCUAGUGUUUUUAAAUUAUCCUGUGUAGUAUUUAGAUUGCCUCUUUGUCCAUUUUGACUCAUGUUGUUUACAAGUGAAGAUUAAACAAGACGCUUGAACUAUAUGUUUUUAAAGGACAGAAAAGGAGGUAUUUUGAAUGGCAUUUCAGCGUGUACAGUCGCUCUGAUGGGCUGAAGUGCUGUUGGCCUUUCUGCAGACUGCAGGUUUUAUAUGCUCAUUUCAUGCCUAAUGUCUUAUUCUGUCAAUUAUGGAUAUUUUGAGGUCUGAAAAAAUUACUUGAUUAAAAAUAAAACAUAUAACGUUGGCAUUUA